AUGGGCAACCGUAGUCUCGCACUGAUUCUCUUCCUUCUCAUCAUCCCAAGCCGGUCAGCGGCCAUCUUGGAGUGGCUGCCGUUCUCCGCCUCCCGGGCAUCCGAAGGUCCGGCGGCGGCGCCGGACGACCGGCGAGCCCAGUUCUCUGUGGAGCCCUUCAACGACGAAAGCGGGAAGAAGAUUCUGGCAGACGCGAGGACGAAGCUGCUCACCUUGAACUCCUGCUGGCAGGAGGCCUACCGCGGUCUCUUCUCCAGCUGCUCGGAGAUCAUCACCGACGAGGAGAAGCACUCCAGACUCGCAUGGCAACUCAGCGACUGCUUCAUCAGGGACUCUGGCCGGCCCGCCGUCCCCGUCUGCACCGCCAGAUCCGCCAUGAAAGAUUGCAGGAAGAAGCUCAGCGACUUCGAGCACGAGAUCUACCUCCAGUUCUUCAUCCAGACCAACUCCCUCUGUCAUCAACUGCAGUUGAGUUCGGAUCUGAACUGUCUUCUCUGCUUUUCUCUCUUGUCCGGAUGAUGUUGAAUCUCCAUGAGCAGGGCUGGUGCCUUCAAGCGAGAGACAGAGAGGCUGGUGAAUGAGCUGAAGAGAUCGGCGCAGGCUGCCGAGGAUACGUUAGAAAGCAUCGAAGGGAAAUCGCAGCUGCUUCUCGAGAGCUCAAGCAAGAUCCAGGAUUCGUUGAUCAUGGUGGAUUCGCAGACUCGGAAGCUGGCGCAAGCGUCGAGUAACGUAGAAGCUCAGAUCGUCGAUGUGUUGAAGCAAUCAAUGGUUAUCUCUGAGCAGACUAAGGGGAUUAGGGUUUCCCAGGGAGCGGUUCUGGAGGGGCAGGUGGAGAUGAAGCAGAAGCUGGAGUCAGGCAUGGCGGUUCUGCAGGAGUCGUACGAGAAUCUGGGCACCGGAAUGGAGAAACUCAGAUCAGAGGCGACGGAGAUGGGUAGGAAGAUCAACGAAGUCGGAGACCUGAUGAACUCGAAGAUGCGGAACCUCCAGAACACAGCAGAUGACAUCGGACGCAUCGCCCUGACCUCCCUUGAUAAUCAGAAGCAACUGGUGGAUGGGCAAACCAGAGCUCUCGAAGAACUGAAGCAUCUGACCAAGUUUCAAUCCGAUGCACUUGAAGAAAGCAGGUACGAGGUUUGGGGAAGAUCAAAAAGAUAAUCCUGAGAAAGGAAGUGUCAUCGAUUCCAUCUGGUUCUCAUUCCAGGAGCACUCUACAGAAUCUGGUCGCAUUCGGACACAAGCAACAGGAGGAACUGCUUCUUAGUCAGGAACAGAUCCAGGAUGCACACAACCGCCUGUUUCAAAGUUCGCAAUCGAUCUUGGCAGCUCAGGCACGCUUUCUUUGAAUUCAAAUACUCGGAAUGUUCUCGGGUCUUUCAGUCGAACCUACGGAUCAAGCUCGAGAUCUCAAUUUCCUCUGCAGGAAGAAUUCGAAAGGAAGCAGGCGAACAUCUUCGCAGCUUUGGAGAAGCUCUUCGCCCUGCACAAUGCCAUUCUCCUCGAGUCGCGCUUCAUCAAAUCCAUCUUUUUCUACUCCUGCAUGAUCUUCUUCCUCUACUUGCUGACCAGCACCAAGCAAGCCUUCAACGUGAGAGCUCGCCUCUACCUCGGUAUGUGCUCCUCCAAUCGUUUUCCCCACGGAAGAUGAAAAACCUCGCUGAUGAAACCUAUUCUUCUCCAGGAUUAUGCAUCACAUUCAUAGUAGAGUUCGCGACGAUCCGACUCGGGGGAGACGGCGUUCACCAGCAAGCUCGAAUCGCAUCCAGGAUUUCCCUCCUCAGAUCUUCCUUCCUAAUUGCCUCUGCUCUUCAGAUUCUGCACUCAAUUUUCACGUACAGGUGAGAGCGUCCUCUCCCUACCGCAAUAAACGUACUGGAUGACAAAAUCCAACUUGCGAAAUCCGCAGAGACUACGAGCUGUUAAACCACCGACUGUUGCAGAGGCUAACAGAGAAGAUCGAUGCGAUAGAACAGAACACAGGUAUGGAUCCGGGGCAUCAGAAGCAUCAUAAGAAUCAUAAGCUAAACGCGGAUCAAUCACCAAAGAAAAUCGUGCAGACUGAUCUGUGACUUCCUUUAGGGAAAUAUCUUCUACCAUGGAACGACGACGCGGACAGCGACUUCAGCGGGUAUUCAUGGAUAGACCAAGAACUACCGGAAGAAGUCAACAGCAGAGAAGAUCCCGACUACGAAUUGCCGGAGGGAGCUAGAGACGACAACACUGCUCGCUUGGCUUCGAGCGGGAGGAAGUACGAGCUUCGUCCCCGGCGCCGGCCAUGA